AUGAUUUCUUCAAGCAAUAUAUGGUUUCUCAUACUGGCAGCCGUAAGCCAGGCGUCGUAUGAGCUCCAGGAUGACUUUGGAACGUCAGCAUCAUUCUUUGACCACUUCACAUUUUUUACGGAUGCCGACCCCACACACGGAUUUGUCCACUAUGUCGAUCGCGCCACGGCAGAACAGUCCGGGUUGAUUGGAGUCCGAGACCAGAUGCUAUAUGUACGGGCCGACCAUACCAAUGUCUCCCCCAGCAGCGGUCGGCCGAGUGUGCGCUUAACCAGCAUCGAUCAAUACCAACAUGGGCUAUUUGUUUUGGAUUUGGCGCAUAUGCCGGGUGGGAUAUGUGGUACUUGGCCAGCAUUCUGGAUGGUUGGUGCGAAUUGGCCAGAGAAAGGGGAAAUUGAUAUCAUCGAGGGCGCUAAUCAACAGACCAACAAUAUGAUGACACUGCACUCGUUGAAAGAUUGCAGCGUUGAUAACGAGGGAUUUUCUGGCACCCUCAUCUCCUCGGAUUGCUUUUAUGAGGCACCUACCCAGCACUACAAUGCGGGGUGCAGUAUCGAUGCACCGUCCAAUCGAUCAUUUGGUAUGGGUUUUAACGAAGAGGGAGGCGGAGUCUACGCCGUUGAGUGGACGGAGAUUGGGAUCAAAAUGUGGUUCUUCCCUCGCGGGCAGAUACCCUCGGACCUGGCAUGUGGCUCGGAGUCGAUAGACCCCAAGUCCUGGGGCAGACCAACUGCAAUGUUUAAAGGGAAAUGCGACUUUCCCUCACAUUUUGGGCCACAGCAAAUUGUAAUUAAUACCGCUUUUUGCGGCGAUUGGGCGGGACAGGUAUGGGGUACAAGCGACUGCGCUCGGUUGGGAAGCACAUGUGAGGACUAUGUCGCAAAUAAUCCGUCAGCCUUCACCGAUGCAUACUGGCAGAUCCGAUCGCUCAAAACUUAUCAACGGUCGAAAGCGUAG